AGUUGGUUUAGGUUUUCCUGGGAUCAACCAACCAGACCAGCCAUUCUCCAUUACGCCGUCAAAAGAGCAUUCGUCAAAUCCUCCACCGACGACGCCAAAGUCAGUUGACACAACCGAAAAACGUGCAUUGAGAACACCAUGUCGCUGCGUCAGCGCGACUUCAGCAGCUCCGGCGUCUCCUCUCGCAAUAUGUUCACAUGCUCGGAAGAGACCAAUUUCUUGAGUUCUUCGGGUCGAGUUUCACAGACGGCACCGUCUCCUAGUAUGCGCUCGUACUUCAGUUCCAGCAGCAGCAGAUCCACAUUCUCCAAGUCGAGAACUUCCGUUGAGCACAAGAGCGAAGAUGACGCUCUACUGGCGCUGGCUGCAAAGGCUCGUGCCAAGGUGGAGCACGCCCAAGAGGUAUUUGCCACUGCGGGUUGGAAAGAACGCAAGGACGGUCAGGGGGUGCGCUUGUUUGAGCGGAAAUCGACCCCCGGCGUGUUUGACGUUGCAGCGUCCUCGGCUCUUCCCUGUAGUGCCACCGAAAUCCUGGAAGUUCUUUCUAGUCGCAACAGCGACGAUUUCAACGCCACCAUGGUGGCUCUCGCUGGCGACGCCUUCUCCUACGCAGUCACCCUGCGUGAAGUACCCACGUCGUCGUCAAACGUCCACUUGACCACCAAGCGAAUGCAGUUUUCUGGCUCUAUUCCGUUAGUGUCCAGCGCUAAGACGUUCGAGUUCCUAGACUACGUAGAGUUCGACUACAAGACACGCACCGCCGUUCGUACCUUUCAGAAGUUGACACGCGACCGUGCUGGUCGAUUGGUUGUCGGUGGUGACGUGUUGGCUGGCUACGUGCUGACGGAGCAGGUGAAAUCGCACCAGACCUCGGUGUUUUACUUCGGUACGCACACGGUAUCCUCGGACGAAGCAAAGUCCAGGGGAAUUGUUAAGGCCAAGCUGAAAGCUGCAACUGUGCGCGAGGCCUCGACCCACGCGCUACUGAAGCUAGCUAAAGUGAUUCGAAAGAUCGGAGACAUCGCGAUCCGGAGACGUUUAGGUGCAGAAGACACUGUUGACCCGUCCGACCACGUUGGCGACGGGAGCUGCUCGGGGUGCGGCAAACUGGUGAAGGAAUCGCUGUUGCGAAAGAAGCACGUGUGCUAUAUCUGCGGUCACGACACUUGUGGCUCGUGCUCCAAGUCUCAGGAUGUUGAGGGCCUUAUAGGUGUUAUUGAACGUCUGCGUGUAUGCUGCAUGUGUAUUUCAGCGGCACGGCAUCGUGCGUUUGACACCGUUAACGAGACUGAAGACGGCCGGGUGUAUCUGCUGCGUCCCACCUUCAUUAGCGGAUUGAGCACCACCUCAACGAGCCGUACAGCUUCAACGACGCCGUCAAGUGUACGAACGCACAUAUUGCCAGCCACCGCGUAGCUGGCAAUGGACCCUAGAGAGACAUAUGAAUCAUCCGACCAUUAUCUAUCUAACGUAUCGAAUAACAGAACUAUCACUUCGCUGAUAUGCA